AUGGCCGCCACCGAACUCUGGAGACAUCCCAACCCCGAGGGGACUCAGAUGUGGAAGUUUCUACAACAUGUCAACUCUAAAUAUGGUCUCAAUCUCAAAGGUUAUCCCGAUCUCUACAGGUGGUCUGUCGACAAUGUGGCCGAUUUUUGGGGCGAGGUCUGGCACUUUGUCGGCAUCAAGUCUUCGCGGCUGUACGACGAGGUCCUUCCCAAGGACGCCCCCAUGUUCCCCAGGCCCGACUUUUUUGCCGGUGCCCGUCUGAACUUUGCUGAGAACCUGCUCUUCCCAGCGAAUGUUGAGGUGGACGAAAAGGCCACGGCUGUCAUCACGGCCACCGAGGAUGAGUCCCAGCUCAGCGAGACCUCCUGGGCUGAGCUGAGGGAUCAGGUUCGCCGCUGCUCCAGCGCCUUGCGAGCCGUGGGCGUCAAGGAGAAUAGCGUUGUGGCCGGCUUUGUGGCCAACCAUGUGCAGGCACUGGUUGUCCUACUGAGUGCUGCUGCCCUGGGUGCCAUUUGGACUGGUAUCAGCCCGGAUAAUGGCGUCAGCGCCGUGUUGGAUCGGCUUGUCCAGAUCAAGCCGCAGGUUCUCUUUGCGGACAAUGCCACUCUGUACAACGGCAAGGAAUGGUCCAGCAAGGCGAAGACCCUGGAUAUUGUUGAGGAGUUGAAGAAGCACGGUCUGGAGCAGGUUGUUGUCAUUCGUGCCCUGAAGAACACUGAGACUGGCCUGGAUGACAUCCGUGCCAAGGGCGUGAAGGCCGAGGAGUAUGAUGCUUUCUUAUCCAGAUCGCCCUCGAAUGCGCGUCUGGAGUUCGCUCAGCUCCCUCCCUCUCACCCUCUCUAUGUGCUCUACUCUAGCGGUACGACUGGCUUGCCCAAGGCCAUCGUGCACACCGCAGCAGGCACACUCCUCCAGCACAAGAAAGAGCAUUUCCUUCACUGCUCCCUCAGCCCAUCAUCCCGCAUGCUCUACUACACCACAACCUCCUGGAUGAUGCACCACUGGAGCGUCUCCGCCCUCGCCUGCGGCUCCUCGCUCGUCUUGUACUCUGGCUCGCCCUUCCGUCCCCAUGGCUACCUCUCCCUUCCCAAACUCCUUUCCUCCCUUCGCGUCACCCACUUCGGCACCUCUGCUGCCUACCUGACCACACUCGAAGCGAAUAACGUUCUCCCGCGCGAUGACCUUACCCUCGAUCUCUCCAACCUCGAGGCCAUCUACUCGACCGCCGCCCCGCUCCCCCCUUCCACCUUCUCCUUCGUUUACCGCGCCUUCCCUGCCCGCAUCAACCUCGCCUCCAUUACCGGUGGCACAGACAUCAUCUCUCUGUUCGGCGCCCCCUGCCCCUUACUUCCGGUCCGUGUCGGCGAGGUCCAGUGCGCCGGUCUCGGCAUGGCCAUUGACGUCGUGGACUCUGCGUCGGCCCCCGAAGACCCGCAGCCCGUUUCCCCUCCGGAUGCCCCCGGUGACCUGGUCUGCGUUAAGCCCUUUCCCUGCCAGCCGCUGACCUUCUUUGGUCCCGAUGGAGACAAGAAGUAUCGCGCGGCUUACUUCGAGAGGUUCCCUGGUAUGUGGCACCACGGCGAUUUUGUGCGCCGUGCGGACCCUAAGACAGACGGGUCUGGGUUGGUGAUGCUCGGCCGCAGCGACGGUGUUCUGAAGCCUGCGGGUGUGCGGUUCGGCAGCGCCGAGAUCUAUAACAUCCUGACGCGGUUCUUUGCCAGCGAGGUCGAGGAUGCGGUGUGCGUUGGCAGAAGGAGACCACAGGACCGAGACGAGACGGUGUGUCUUUUCGUGGUGAUGGCCGAGGGCAAGACGUUCGAUGAGGACAUGAAGAAGAGAAUUGCUGAGACGAUUCGGCGCGAGCUGAGUCCCAGGCAUGUGCCGGGGGUUAUUGAGGAGGCCAAGGGGGGUGUGCCGAAGACGGGUAAUGGAAAGAAGAUUGAGGUUGCAGUUAAGCAGAUUCUCUCUGGCAUGGAUGUCAAGACGAAUGCAAGUGUUGCUAACCCCGAGGCUCUUGACUGGUUCAGAGAAUGGGCGAAGAAGGCCAACGAGGACCUUCCGAACUAG